AUGCGCUUCAGGAGGGCGACGACAACCGCUACCGCAUAUUCUGCCAUCGGACCGUCUCGCUUUCACUGGCGGGCGGGACUGACUCACCUCCCCUAUGGUGGAAUUGGAGGAUUACUUCUUGCUCUGGUGGGAGUCAUCGUCGCCGUCGCCAUCUUGGUCGCAUCUGAUGGCGUGGCCACCAACAAAUGGAAAUUCCAGCCCACCGUCUAUCUCGCCAUCGCUUCCACCCUCACCAACGUCACCCUAGCAUAUUCCUUGCUGGCCGGCGUCAACAUCAGUUGGUGGCACAAAGCUUUGAAGGACGGAACCAAGGUGGGAGAUCUUCACCGUGUCUGGGCUUUUGGGAACAGCUUUCUCGCCGCCAUCACUUCUGGCCGGCACGUGAAUCUGGUGGCCAUCGCCAGCAUCCUCGUCGCCAUCAGCCCGGUGAAUGGCCCUCUUCUUCAGCGAGCCUCCACUAUCGGGAAUGCCACCGUGACUGAUUUGCAACAACUUGAUCUUCGUCUCAGCCAGCUCAUUCCAAAGGGAUACACGGGCAUUGUCUCGAAUCGCGGAGAUGAGGUCAACAUGCUGACAUCAAACUUCACCACUAUUGCCAAAGACUACUACAAUCGAUCGCCAGUCGCCGCAGAAUCGUCCUGUACUGGUAGCUGUCGCACCACCGUCUCAGCCGCUGGUUUCUACGUCAACUGCUCAACGUACAGGGUACCAUUCAACAUCUCUGAAGCCAAUGCCAUCGAAGGGAACUUCCCUAGUCCCACGGUUUUCGGUGCCGAAGUGCUCUACGAUGCUUAUUCUCCCACGACAGCAAACUUGAACAUGCAGAUCAAGGCCGAUCCCGGGUGUGCUGGGGAUCUGUCUGUCACCAACUGCACCCUUCGAGCGGGUACAGUCCUCUACCCCAUUGUCAUUGACGGCGUCGCGUCAACCGUGGCACUGGAUUCCGGAACUACAAUUUGGGAUGAUGUACUCGUCGGAAACCUCGACCACCUUGACGCUGAAACUCAUCUCACGGGAAGGACGACCUACGGCGGCAUUUUCCUCGCCCUGGCCAACCAAUACAACACCGAUCUCCAGCUGUCCUUCGGAGGCGCCGUUGGUUAUCAGUUGUCGGGUUCCCAGAGCAUGGCGUCCGUGUCGUAUGCGCAUGGUAUCAACGAAGUCGGUGUGACCUGUGAGGAUAUUUACUUUACGGAUCCAAUGCAUGACUUUCUUCAGGGGUUCCGCGAGCUCAUUUUCCGCACGUCCGUGGCAACCGCCAACAGUAGCACAGCCGUCCAACACGUCGAGGCCCAGGCAUCAGGAAACCACACGGUGUACCACACAGACUACCUCUUCCUGGGACUCGCCACUCUUGCAUCGGUGGCGGCGAUUGUCGUUGUCCUCUUCACCUUCCACGGUUUCUGGCGCCUGGGUCGGAGUGUCUCAAUGAGUCCCAUUGAAACGGCCAAGGCUUUCGAUGCUCCCCUCCUCCGCAGCGCGGACUCUACCUCUGCCGUCCCGGAUCUACUCAAGCAGGUGGGCAAAAUACCAGUUAAAUACGGCCUGGUCACCGAUGUCAGGAUCCCUGCCGCUGCCACCCCUACCGCCGGAGAUAACACCCUUUUGUCGUUAGAGAAUAGCAUUCUUGGAAACGACUCGGACACGGCCAACGGCGCUUCCCCCCAGGAUGGCACUCCCGCGCCAGGUCUCGUACGGACUCGCUCAACGUAUAACAACGCCUACGGCAGUGACUUUGAGCUAUUCACUCCACAAGAAACCUCGGGCGCACUAACCACCCGGUUGGAGCUCGCUGAUCCCAAGAGAAUCAGACCGAUGUGA